AUGGAGAACCGGGAGGAGCCGGAGAGCUUCGAGGUUUCGGUCCAGCAGCUCAACGACCUGCUGACGGACCACAGAGGCUUGUUCACCCGGCCCAGCACCGACUGUGACCCGGUGCAUCCCGGGAUCUGCGUCGGUAACGAGUCAGUGGCGUGGAGCGUGACGCGGCUGAGGCGUCUGGGCGUCACCCACGUCCUGAACGCGGCGGAGGGGAACUCCUUCAUGCACGUCAACACCAACGCAGAGUUCUACGCCGGCACCGGCUUCAUCUACCACGGGAUCCCGGCCAGCGACUUCGACCACUUCGACAUCAGCGUUUACUUCGAGGAGGCGGCAGAGUUCAUCGGGAAGGCGCUGGAGUACAACCAUGGGAAAGGCAAAGUGUACGUUCACUGCAGGGAGGGCUACAGCCGCUCGCCCACCUUGGUCAUCGCCUUCCUGAUGCUUCGCCAGAACAUGGACGUCCACACGGCCGUGGCCACGGUGCGGAGGAGGAGAGAGAUCGGACCCAACGACGGCUUCCUGCUGCAGCUCUGUCGACUGAACCGGAGGCUGAGCGCCCAGCAGGAGACCUGGGACCAGUGA